AUGGAGAGCAACCAGAAGAAAAUAGACCAGGAAAUAGAGCAGGAUGUCGCUCCUCUGCGAGAUCCAAACGCUCGCCCUGAAUGCUUCUCCAACACAUUCCAAGAAUGCCUUUUUGUCCUAACGUCCACGAUGGCCACUGGUCAGUCCUCGUUCUUCCAGGGUGCCGUCAUCGUGGUUCUCGCUGAAAUCGGCAAGGAUCUCAAUAUGACUUCUGCCGAAAUCACCUGGACUACUGCAGGUAUCUCACUGAGUAGUGGCGCUUUUCUACUAUCUUUUGGGAAAGUGGCCGACAUGUUUGGCCGCCGGACAAUGUUCAUUUCCAGCAUGAUAGGAUAUACGCUCGCUCUUUUGGUGAUUGGAUUCGCAAACUCGGCCUUGUACUUCGACGUUCUGUCGGGAGUUAUGGGCCUUUUCUGCGCAUCAUCUGUUCCACCUGCCGUUGGAUUGCUGGGCGCAACGUACGAAAAGCCGUCGCAACGGAAGAAUAAAGCAUUCGCUUGCUUUAGCGCAGGAAACCCUAUGGGUUACGUGGGUGGCAUGCUCGUUUCUGGAAUCGCUUCCCAGGUUUCGACCUGGCGCGCGUCCUUUUGGGCUUUGGCCGUCAUUUACGCCAUUUUCUCUCUCAUCAGCAUCUGGUCUGUUCCAAAGGAGGGUAACUCGCCGUACAAGGUUUCUUUGACGUGGGAAAACCUCAAGAAGCUAGAUCCGGUGGGCAUGUUGCUGGCUGUCAGCGGUAUAGCACUUUUCUCAAGCUCCCUAUCGCUCGCGGGUGAUGCACCUAAAGGCUGGGGUACUCCAUAUGUCAUUGUCCUCCUUAUCCUGGGGAUUGUGCUCAUUGGUGCCUUUCUUUUUUGGCAGUCGAUCUACUCGCAUCCUUUAAUGCCGCUAUUUGUUUGGCGAGACCACAAUUUCUCUUUGUUAAUGGGCGCGCUCUCUUUAGGAUUCAUGGCAUUUAUAUCCGGCCAGUUCUGGAUGGCGCUGUAUAUGCAAGAAGUCCAAGGCUAUACCGGUCUGGGUAUCACAGUUCGCCUACUGCCCAUGGUUGUCAGUGGCGUCCUAGUCAAUGUCGUCUGUGCCUUUGUGCUGCAUCGAGUCAGCAACAAAUUGCUUAUGCUCAUUGGGACCACGGCAUAUACCGUGUCCUUCCUGAUUAUGAGCUUUACAAAAGCCAAUAGCAUUUACUGGGGCUUCUAUUUUGUGCCCUUGGUAUUAAUGGUCGUUGGAGCUGAUAUCGAGUUUAACGUUGUCAACAUGUACGUCAUGUCAUCACUCCCGCCGUCCCAGCAGUCACUCGCAGGAGGCAUCUUCAACACCGUCUCCAAAUUAGUCUCCAACGUCGGUCUCGGUGUUACAACUGCCAUUUACAACGCCGUACGGAACCAAGGCGGCUCGUCUGUGAUUCGCCCGUAUGCAGCGACAUAUUGGUUUGCUACAGCUAUUGCUGGGGUUGCUAUAUUAACAGUCCCUUUCCUCAAAAUAGGGACCCAGGGAGGUAAUCAUGCUUCGAACGAGCGAUCGGAUGAAGAGUCAUUGGAUCAAGUAGGUGAUAACGUGACUGUACAGACAGAGAAAUGCAAGGCUUGA